AUGGCUUUCAACGUCGACAAACUACGCGAACUCUACUUGGAUUGUCAGGAAAAAAUUUAUCAGGGAUUGGUGUUGCAACGACAAGAGAUAUUUGUGCUCUUCGAAACUCCAGAGCAACACGAAUCGAAAACCACUACUGAAAAGGCGAUCAUUGAGGUGUUUACUCAUCUUCGAAACGUGGUCAAUUAUACUCCAUGCUUCGGACUGCCAGAAAUCCGGAUGGUCGCCAAGGAAUCUGAUAUUCCAGAUGGAACGGAUCAUGUUAAAUUUGGUUAUCCUUUUGGUGAACCCUAUGCUGUAAAUCUGGAUAUUCUGAGAAAGCAAAUCAAUGGUCCCGAUGUAAUCCGACCGUUUUUCAACAUCGGAAAUCAAUACCAUAAUAAUUAUGGACCAAGAAGAGAGAGGAUGGGUUUCGAUUGGAUAGCGGAUCAUGACAUGGACCAUGAAAAAAUCCGGAAGGCCUGUAGGAAAUUGAUUCAUGAUAAAUCUGAACGUUUUUCGGAUUUUCAGUAUUUCAUUUUGGCGGUCAUUUAUUCGAAACAUUGUUUGGAGUGUUUUCUCUCACUAAUGAGAGCAGUCAUGGUCCCAAAACAUGCUCUUGCUCUAAUCCGUCUGGCCGGAAAAGAAGUUGAGUGUAAAACUGCUGAAAAUGAGAUGAAUCUCGCAAAAAGUUGGAGAGACGAUGAAAAUAAAAAAUACGGAAUACCGUGCUGGAGAUUGAAUCGAAAAUAUGUGGCCAAACUGGAAGCUCAAGUUCGUAUCAGAGUUGCAGAGAUGAGACAGAACCGUGUCUCUCCGGAUUCGGAUCACGAUCCUGAUGCCCCGAUGCAAGGAUUCAUUCCCGAUUUGUCGGAUGAUGAAGAUGAAGGACCAAUUCCAGAUGCCAUCCCCCCUCUCAAUGGGAAUAUCAAUAACGGAAUUUCGGAUAAUCGUCACCAAGAGCCUGCGGGUCCCAGUACCAUGAAAAUGCCGAAAAUAGAAGGGCGGCCAAAGAAUGGUGUCGAGAAAUCACUAACACCACCACCUGCUGCGAGAGGAAACGGACAAGAAAUGAAACCAGGAUUGAUUGAAGAUAGCGUACCAAAACCUGUGGCCGAUGAUGACAUCGAGGAGGGUACUGUAGCUGGUGUCAAGGAAUCACUACCACCACCACCUGCUGCGAGAGGAAACGGACAAGAAAUGAAACCAGGAUUGAUUGAAGAUACUGUACCAGGACCGGCGGCUGAUGAUGACAUUGAGGAGGAUACUGUAGCUACCGUACCACCACCUAAAAGAGGAAGAGGACGGCCACUAGGCAGCACAAAGAAGAAGCGUGGCCGAAAAUCUGGUAAAACAGAAUUGGACGCUUUUUCUGAGCACAACUACGCCGCCACACCAAAACGCGGGAGAUUCCACUGA